GCAGGGUCUUUAUAUAAAUAACUUCAUCCAUUUAGUAGCGCUGACAAACUCGAGAAGAGCUGCAAGGAGACACAAGAGAUUCACACGAGACAUAGCUCUUCAGUUUGCGCACUUUCUAGGUCUUCCACAUAGGCUGCACUGAAAAAAUGGAACAGUUGGAAAACUCCACAGCAUCACCCAAACGCCUCUUCCUGCACACACAGAGCACCGCGCACUCCCAGGCGGAUAAAAGCGACGCGUACUUGUACAUAUUAAUAGUCAUGUCUUUCUACGGAAUCUUCCUCUGUGGUAUAAUGCUGGGCUACUUCCGCUCCAAAAGGAGAGAGAAAAGGAGAAUAAACAUCUUCACGCGCCUCGUGCACGAGGAGGAGCAGCGGGAGUGGGGCGCGCUCCCCAAGAAACACAGCCUUACCUUUCCCGCCGCUGUCUCGGAGCUGCGCUCGGUGCAGGUGUCCCUGCCUUUCUGCGGUAACCACGGCAACAACUUCGGGCAUCUCCACUACGAGGGCGCGCUGCCAUCACCGCUGGCGUGCGCACAGUGCACGGAAGAGAGCAGCAUCAGCUCCCUGUGCUCCACGGACACGCGCUUCGUCAUAGAGGAGGAGUCGGACAACUGCGCGGCCGAUGGGUUGGAGGGGAACGUGAAUUGCAGAUGAUUCAGGCUGAACUUCACCCAGAAAAAAACUCUGUGUGUUACCGUCCAUGGCCAAAAAAGAGAAGAAACAUCACCUGGAGAGAAGCACAGGAUGUUAUCAGGCUUCUUCAUAUCACAGAGGCCCAAACAGUCAACAUCAUCCAUGUGUUAUCCACAAAAGGGCUGGAACAAGUCAAACAACACUAUGUGGUCAAUGUGAUACGUAGGCUAUUAGACGGUAGUCAGUUUAGAGAGGGGGCAUUGGUCCAGAAUAUUUUUCGUUUGAUGUUUGAUAUUUUUCCAUGAUCUCUACUCUCUAUAUUUAGGAGAGUAAGAACAAGUUCUGAUUCAGUGCCACACCUACAUACUACAUUCUCAGUAGCAACAUGAAACCACAUACACACAUUUGGCCAUGUUUCUUUUUUUUUUUUAAUGAAAAGUGAUCGUGGUGAGAGUGAAACAUAUAAUUACAAUGGUCAUUUUUAUGUUAUAUGUUGGCAUAACCUAUUGAUAGUAAUGCAGUUAUUCAAUUCAAUCCUACAACUUUAUUUAUCCCUGCAAGGGCAGUUGUAUGCAGCAGCUCACCACCCAGGUCCACACACACACACACACACACACAUACACAUCAAUAGCUAUAUGUUGUAAUAAUUCAUUAAUAGAUUAACAGAUAAAUAUAAAUAUCCAAAUAUAUCUAAAACUAUAAUACAAUAAUUGCACUGAA